CUAUCAAGUGUCACUGUCAGUGUCAAAUAAACGUGGUUGUGAGGACGACGAGUUGUUGCUGAGUUUUGGUUUCAUAAUAUUCCCAGUUUGUGUCGAGUACUGACUACAAUGAGUGCUGAGACCAAGCAGCCGUUGUUCCGGCCCCUCGGCGGCGAUCCGGACGAGGAGCCCGAGGUGACGGAGAUCGAGUCUCUCUGCAUGAACUGCCACGAAGAUGGCAUCACACGGCUCCUGCUGACUCGGAUACCGUACUACAAGAAUGUAGUGGUGAUGUCGUUCAGCUGCGAGCACUGCGGGUACGAGAACAACGAGCUGCAGGCGGGCGGCGCGCUCGCGGAGCGCGGCGUGCGCUGGGAGCUGCGCGUGGAGGACGCCGCCGACCUCAACAGGCAAGUUGUCAAGAGCGACUACACCUGUGUCCGGAUACCCAGCAUUGACUUCGAGAUACCUGCGCAGAGCCAGAAGGGAGAGGUGACGACGGUGGAGGGCAUCAUCUCGCGCGCGGUGGCCGGCCUCACGCAGGACCAAGCCACGCGGCGCCUGCAGCACCCGGCCGACGCGCGCGCCAUCGACGACUACGUCGAGCGACUCGACUCGCUCCGACACACCGCCGCCGGGCCCUGGACGCUGGAGCUCGAGGACAUCAGCGGUAACUGUUUCCUCGAGAACCCGGCGGCGCCGCGGCCCGACCCGCGCGCCACCAGGACCGACUUCACCAGGACACGCGACCACGACCACGCGCUCGGCAUAUACACCAGCGACGAGAAAUCAGAGGACGCGGAGUGUCCCCGGAUAGAAGGACUCUCCCUGUCAGAGAGCACUCAGUGCAACGAGGUGACCUCCCCCUCCGUGUCGGAGGAACACCUCCUGUCUCCGCUCGAGGAGGGCGCCAUGCCGUACGAGCAGCUCGCGGCGGACGAAGUACUGACCUUCCCCACCAACUGCCCCGACUGCAACGCGCCGGCCGACACCAAGAUGAAAAUUACCAACAUCCCUCACUUCAAGGAAGUGGUCAUCAUGAGCACCACGUGUGACUACUGCGGACACCGGACCAACGAGGUGAAGUCAGGCGGUGGUAUCGAGGAGAAGGGAGUGCGGUUCGAGGUCCGGGUCGCGACCAAGGAGGACUUCUCGCGCGAUAUACUCAAGUCGGAGACGUGCAGCAUGGAGAUCCCGGAGCUGGAGCUGAGUGUGGGCGGGCGCGCGCUGGGCGGCCGCUUCACCACGGCCGAGGGCCUGCUGGCGGCCACGCGCGCCCAGCUGGCCGACACCCGGCGCGCGGGCGACGCGCCCGGCGUGGCGCCCGCGCUGCGCCCCGUGCUGGCCGCGCUGGGCCGCGCCGGCCGCGGCCUCCUGCCCGUCACGCUGGUGCUCGACGACCCCGCCGGGAACUCCUACGUGCAGAGUCUGGCCGACGACCCCAACGUGCCCGACGACGGUCUGAAGAUCACGCGCUACGAGCGCAGCUUCGAGCAGAACGAGGAGCUCGGACUCAACGACAUCAACACCGACAACUACCGGCCUCACACACCCAGCUAGACGAGCCACGCACCCACUGCACUGCCGCCGUACACUCGAGUACUAUCUGUAUAUGUCUGUCUGUAUGUGUGUGUACAGUUGUAUGUAAAUAUUGUUCAAUAAAUGUGUUACAGCGAG